AACAAGAUUUAAAUGAGUUUGAUUCGAAUGAUAUAAUUGAUAAUCAACCGGAAUAUUUGGAUAAUUCAGCUAUUGAAGAGUCUCACAAUUCAGCUAUUGAAGAGUCUUAUGAUUCAGCUGUUGAAGAUUCACCCAAUUCUGCUAUUAAAGAGUCUCCCAAUUCUGCUAUUGAAGAAUUACAAGAUUCACAAGAUUCACAAGAUUCAAUCGAAGUACUGUACUCACAGGAUUUUCAAAAAG